AAUUUCCAGGCUGAAUACACCAAAGCGGAUCCUGGUCCGGGAACAGGAACCCCUGUCUGACCCGUCUUUCCAGGUGGUCUCAGUUCGUUUCCAAUCGGACCGAGGUCCGCUUCGCUCCAGUUUCAUCAGUCUGAAUAGGCUCCGUGCUCGGAGCGGAACAGCUGGACCAAAAUGGGCAUUAUGGGAUGUAAACAGAGUAGUGGAGUAACAAUGAGACUCAAAUUAUUGAAAAAUGAUCAGAUGAAUGAACCAAAGUCAAAAGUGUUGAACCUGACGUUGAUCCAGACGUUCAAAACUGAUCUGUGAAAUAUACAGUUUCAAGGACAAGGACUGCUAAGCGGAGGACUUCUAUAAUUUCUGCCUCUAGUUGCUCUGGUCGCUUGAAGGCAGUCUGAAUACAGAGCAAACACAAGGUUCAGGGCUCGAUCCGGACCAAAUUAAGGACCAAAUAAUAUUCCCAGUCUGAAUGCACCCUAAAACUGAUCACAGUCAGAAGACAUCGGAUGUUGACCUGAAUUAAACCUACAGUCUGGCCUGUUAGCUGAAAUGCGGCUUCCGGAGAGGAAAUUCUGCUGAAGAACAGCAGAACAGCAGUGAAAUUAUGAGAAAACAGUUUUAAAUCUUCUUGUAAAACUGUUUGUGUCUGAAGCCUCUAUGUGUGUGAAAUCCGAGGGAUGUGUGAAGGGCUUUUAUUAUCACCAUCAUCCUAAGUCUGUGGUGAUUCCAAAAAAUCAAGGAACCGUUGUUUUCUGAACAGUUGGGGCCGCGCCUGUUCCCCUGUGGCCCCCCCACACCCUGCAGCCGGAUCCCUCAGAAUCAGACGCUGCUCUGAUCUCAGCCUUCUCCAUCAUCUGCGUCAGAGCAGCAGCUGAUGAGGAGCCACGAAUGUUCUCCUCAUCCCGCAGCAUCCACUCUGGAGCGCGCCUCGUGCGUGGGGUGCGCGCGCCUCUCAUUGUUAGCUGCUCCUCCCUCUCGGAGGUGACCCCCGCCCCCAUUGUGAUGACGGACCGUACCAACGUUCGUGUUUUCUUGGGGGGGGGGAUAUCGAUCAGGAAAUUUGUCCGGGUCCGUGGGUCCGCAGCACACGUCUCCCCGCUCGCAGACUCAUAACGGAACUGUGCGCACGCGCGCGCGGUUGAUAAAGGAGGACAAAAGGUGCGCCGUUGGGCGGGGCUUCAUCACAGUUUGGACCCGGAGCCGCGGCCGUUUGUGUGAAGAUGUGGCUGCAGCUCGCGUGGAGCCUCGUGCUCGCCUCGUCCGCCGCAUCCUCAGCAUCCCGGAGGUGUGAGGACAGCUUGGCCACCCCCCUGCCGUACAGCUCCUUCAGCAGCUCAUCCGUCUAUGGUCGCGGAUACGGAGCCGGUUAUGCCAAGUUGAACAGGAAGCAGGGUGCUGGAGGUUGGUCACCCUUGGACACAGACCGGUACCAGUGGUUGCAGGUUGACCUGGGGUCCAGGAAACAGGUCGUUGCCAUAGCAACGCAGGGCCGCUACAGCAGCUCUGACUGGACCAGCAAGUACCGGCUGCUGUACAGCGACGCACAGAGGAACUGGAGGCCGUACUUACAGGAUGGCAACAUUUGGACAUUUGAGGGGAACAGGAACAGUGAGGACGUGGUUCGCCAGGAACUCCAACAUGCCAUCCUGACACGCUACAUCCGCUUCAUCCCACUGGAGUGGAACAAAGAUGGCCGCAUUGGCGUUCGACUGGAGCUCUACGGCUGCUCGUACUGGGCCGAUGUAAUCAGUUUUGAUGGGACCGGCAUCAUCUCUUAUCGCUUCAGGAGUAAGAAGAUGAAGAUCGUGAAAGAUGUCAUCACUCUGAAGUUCAGGACCACGGUCAGAGACGGUGUGCUGCUCCAUGGGGAGGGUCAGCAGGGGGACUACAUUUCUCUGGAGCUCAGCAGGGCCAGACUGCUGCUCAGCAUCAACUUAGGCAGCAGUGAGUACGGCUCCAUCCAGGGCCACACCACCGUAGCCAGCGGGAGCUUACUGGACGACGACCACUGGCACUCUGUGGUCAUAGAGCGUUACCGCAGGAACAUCAACUUCACUUUGGAUCACCACACCAAGCAUUUCCGGACAAAUGGCGAGUUUGACCAUCUGGACCUUGACUAUGAGUUGAGCUUUGGAGGACUUCCUGCAUCUGCAAAGCUAAGUUCAGGAGGGAAGGAGAACUUUCUGGGCUGCAUGGAGGGAAUCACGUACAACGGAGAGAACAUCACCAGCAUGGUGCGCAGGAAGAAGGUCGACACCAGCAGCUUUCGGAACCUGACCUUCUCCUGCGUUGAGUCCAGCUCCUCGCCCGUCUUCUUCAACUCCACCUCCUUCCUGCAGCUGCCGGGUCAGAGUAACGGGGACACUCUGUCGGUGAGUCUGUCUUUUCGGACGUGGAACCCCAGCGGGCUCUUGAUGUUUACAGAGCUGGCUGACGGAUGGGUGGAGCUGGGCCUGGUGGAGGGCAAAGUCACAGUCUACAUGAAUGUGACCCAGAAGAAGAACACGCGCAUUGAGAUCUCGUCAGGUUCCAGUCUGAAUGAUGGCCAGUGGCAUAGUGUCCAUUUAAAUGCCCUGGAAAACCACGCCAUGCUGACAGUAGAUGGAGACGAGGCGUCCACAGUCAGGACAGCAAUCCCCAUCCAGGUCCAAACGGGAGGAAUCUACUUCUUUGGGGGUGGCUCCUUCCUUGCUGCCAGCAGUCGAUCGCUCCAGCGUUCCUUCCAGGGCUGCAUGCAGAUGAUCCACAUCGAUGACCAUCUGGUGGACCUCAGGGCCGUGGAGCAGGGUCUCAUUGGAACCUUUGAAAACGUCACCCUGGACAUGUGUGCCAUCAUCGACAGGUGUGUUCCCAACCACUGCGAGCACGGGGGCGAGUGUUCCCAGACGUGGGACACAUUUAGCUGCAACUGCAGUGGGACCGGCUACACCGGAGCCACCUGCCAUUCCUCUCUGUACCAGCAGUCCUGCGAGGAGUACGAGCUCCAGGGUCAGAGUUCAGGAACCUACUGGAUCGAUCCAGAUGGAAGUGGACCUAUCGCCCCCUUCAGGGUCCACUGUGACAUGACAGAGGAAACGGUUUGGACCACAUUGAGGAACAACCUGUCCCCUCAGACGCCCGUCUCCAGUCAUGACCAGUACGGCAAAGCGGUUCUGCAGAUUACGUACAACGCCACAGAUGAGCAGUUGUGGUCGGUUACCAGUCGAGCAGAAAGCUGUGAGCAGUUUGUAGCUUACGCCUGCCGGAUGUCCCGUCUGCUCAACAGUCCAGACGGCGUUCCCUUCACCUGGUGGGUUGGACGAGCCAAUGAGAAGCACUUCUACUGGGGCGGUUCAGGACCUGGGAUACAGAAGUGUGCCUGCGGUAUUGAGAACAACUGCACGGAUCCUGGUCGCUUCUGCAACUGUGACGCCGAGCUGCGGGCCUGGAAGGAGGAUGCAGGCCUGCUGCUCUACAAAGACCACCUUCCCGUGAGUCAGGUUGUAGUCGGGGAUACGAGCAAAUCUGGAUCUGAGGCUAAACUGACAGUUGGACCUUUGAAAUGCCGUGGAGACCGGAGCUACUGGAACGCCGCGUCCUUCAUCAGCCCAGCAUCCUCGGUCCACUUCCAGUCCUUUCCAGGAGAAACCAGCACUGACAUCUCCUUCUACUUUAAGACGUCUUCCCCUCACGGAGUCUUUCUAGAGAGCGUGGGGAGCAGCAGCCGGCUUCACAUCCAAAUCAGAGGAGGCUCAGUGGUCCUGCUGACUCUGGAGGUGGGCGGAGACUUGGUGCAGCUCAGCGUGCACUCACCUCGCCCGCUCAACGAUGACAAGUGGCACCGCGUGCAGGUGGAGAAGAACAUCAAGGAGGCCGUCCUGCUGCUGGACGGACAGCACAGAGAGGUCAGAGCCGCCCGAACACAGGCUCACGCGAAGCUGGAGCUCUACACAGACCUGUUCCUGGGGGCGUCGAGCGGUCAGCGGAGUUUCCUGGGGUGCAUGCGAGCUCUCAAGAUUAACGGCGUGAUCUUUGACCUGGAGAGGCGGGCGGCUGAGACUCCGGGGCUCAGUCCAGGCUGUCAGGGCCACUGCAGCAGAUACGAGAUGCACUGCAGGAAUGGAGGGAAGUGCGUGGAGCAGUACAAUGGAUACUCCUGCGACUGCUCUCUCACUGCAUAUGACGGGCCAUUCUGCACAGACGAUGUGGGGGGUUACUUUGAGACCGGAACUCUGGUGCGUUAUGACUUUCUGCCCGACAUGGGGGCCCCUGUGCCGGACGAGAUGAAAGGCUCCCCAGGUUGGGGUCUUUCUGGUGAAGUUAACCUCACCCGAGAGGAGCUGGUUUUCAGCUUCAGCACUCACAGCGCCCCCAGCAUCCUGGUCUACAUCAGUUCCCGGACCCAGGACUCUCUGGCUGUGGUGCUCAGACAGAACGGCACUCUUCAGAUCCGCUACAGUCUUGGGGGGCUAAUGGAGCCGUUCACCAUCGACAUUGAUCGGCGUAACAUGGCCAACGGUCAGCCGCACUCCGUCAACAUCACUCGCAGCUUCAGGGAGAUUCGACUGCAGCUCGACCACUACCCGCUGUCCACCUACACGCUGCCUGAGACGUCUGAUGUCCGCUUCAACUUGGUCAAAAGCAUUUUCCUGGGAAAAGUCUUUGAAACAGGACAGAUCGACCCCGUCCUCAUCGAGCGUUACAACACGCCGGGCUUUGUGGGCUGCCUGUCCAGAGUCCAGUUCAACAGCGUGGCGCCGCUCAAAGCUGCCCUGCGCUCAGGCAUGACGGCGCCCGUCAGCACUCACGGAAUACUGGUCCCAUCUAACUGUGGAGCCUCACCCUUAACUAUUCCACCAAUGAGCUCCGCCCACGACCCCUGGCACUCUGAAACUGCCGGAUCUGUGUUCCCCUUCAAAGAGGAAAAGACGCGUGCUGAUGGCGUGGAUCGAAACUCGGCCAUCAUUGGAGGCAUCAUCUCUGUGGUGAUCUUCAGCGUUCUGUGCAUCCUGGUGUUCGUGGUCCGUCACACGUUCCGUCACAAAGGCUCGUACCACACCAAUGAGGCCAAGGGAGCCGAGUCGGCAGAUUGCGCCGACGCGGCCAUCAUCGUCAACGACCCGGCCUUCACCGAAACCAUCGAUGAGAGCAAGAGGGAGUGGUUCAUCUGACGGGAACAGCGAGGUCGGGUCUGCAGGUGGGGGGGUUGAGGAGGGAGCGCCUGCAGAAGCUGGAGGACAGUUUCUUUUCAGACUUUGAGGACGCCGGUGUGUUCACGGUGUCGAAGCACAAGGCGCAGCGCUGCCUGGUCUGGCUGUGCGGCGGCGUGGGCGGGUUUACGGGAACUCUGCUUCAGGUUGAUGCUGACACUGACGGCCUUCACAGCACAGUGCCAUACUUCACAGGCCUUAGUCCAGUGAGCGCUCUGCAGCUCACGCCCUAGCUUUGAUUUCAUUUAUUUAUGCAUUUAUUUAUUUAUUCCAAACAAUCUUCAAAAAGUUUAUUUCAUGUAUUUAUUUUGAUACUUCAAUACCUUUCUCCUUUGUAAAAUAUGCGAGUGAUCCUUAGAAAACGAAGCACUGAUAACAAUGAUGGUAUGAAUUACGGAUGCAUUACUUCCAGUGAACCAUUAUUGAACUGUAGCAGUGUGCAUACGUUAGAUUUUUAUAGCACAUCUUUAGCCUUAGUUCACAUUUCUGACAGUACGUCUAGCUUAUAGCCUGAAAGAUGCCUGACUUUUUUGAAACGUGCCGCCAUGACUUUGCAUCAUGUGGAUGUGAGAUGUGUUACUCCAUCGCACCAUUCUCAGGAAGAGGGAGUCUAGUUAGUUUGCAGCUGAAAGCGUGGACCCAGCUGAUGACAUGAAGACACACCGACACAUCCAUGAAACGAUGAACCGCUCAACAGGACACCAUCCGUCAGAGCGCGUGCUUCCUGUCUUUCUAGGAGCUCUAUCAUGAGAACAGGCAGCGAAGCUAGCAUCUGGAAGGGUAAAAAGUGUGAUCUGAAACUCUUCCUCUGUUCAUGUUUCAGCUGAUCGGGAAUACAGAAGUCCACCUUUAGGUUCAGCAUCUGGACUGACUGUGGGUUCUGUAGCAUUAUUGUUUGUUAUUCUCGCUGUUUCUGCUCUAAAAACAAAAUAUGACCGUCGCCUUGGCAACCACCUCUGACAUGGUCUCUGGGAACAAAUGCAUGGAUGCUGUCAUGAAGCAGAUGUGUUUUAACUGCAGAAAAAUGAAUCCACAGUGAAGAAGAAUCUUUAGAUGUUGCUGCAUAACCAACCCUCUACUUGGAUCUGAUUUUGUGAUUCUAGAAACAUUUGGGUCUGUCAGGAAUCUCACUAAAGCAAAUUUAUAGUUUUGUUGAUUAAAAAAAACAAGGUUUAGUCCAAAACAGCCCACAUCUGCAAUCGUCUAAGCUUGACCACUGAUUGAGGGUGAAUGAUGCCUCCUAUCUACCCAAAUCUGGAUCUCCUCCUGGACUUCUGGCCAUCAGAUCAUCCAAACCACUCUGACAUGUUGGCCAUGAGUUCCGUCAUGUCUGCCUCAUUCCUUUCAGGUGAAACCACACGCUUUUGUCAAGUCUCUUUGAGAAUGUCUUCAUUUUCUGUUGAAGUGUCUUUUAUGCUGACAUGGAGCUGAACAAACAGGAAGAGAUUGCUGAGUCAUCAUCUAAGCCUGCUGUAACACAUUUAGACUCCAUAUAAGAGCCGUUCCUGCUGGAACCACCGUCAUGUUCUCCAAGCGGCUCAGCACACACACAUUCCCUGCAUUUCUAAAGCUUUUGGCCUGAAAACUGAGCACCCAGGUGAGACCACAACAGGAUCUCAGAGCCAGGCUUUUCCUGGCUGGGGAGUUUCAGUUUGGGAACGGCACCUUGGCCUGAUGACAGGUUGUGGUUUCACUUCAUCCUGCUGCUGAAGACGCUGGAUGGAAGGCCUCAGCAAUGCAGGUGAAGCUGGUGCCAGGUGUGGUCAUUGCAGGCGAGUGUUGGUUCAAACCCCUCAACUAUAGCUUACUGCCUGACAUUUGAUUGUACUGCAUUUGUAUAGCAUGCUGUUUGACACUGAAUGACACCACGCUUUGAUGAGCCCCUGUAGAAUCACAGUUUGUGUCUGUUCUAACGAUGAGUUCUCAUCCUGUGUGUUUUUUUUCUUCUUGCUAUGUAGAAAAACUCUUGAUUCUUUAUUGAAAGAGAAGUAAAAUAGAGUAUGAAUCUCA